ACUAAAGCAAACCUCAGGUCAGAGAUAGAAAAGCUUUGCUGUACGAUCUCAUAUGAGCACGCGGUGUUCAACGUUUUCUUUAAAAAGACGUUUCUAAAAACAACGUAAAUUUCAGAGGAGGUGUGUGGAUAUCGAAGAAGUUAAAACGGAAUAAGGAUUAUAUUUCUGGAAGAUUUGAAUCGCUGAAAAAUGAAAGACGCGGUGAUGUGGCACACGGUAUUGUUUUUCAUCGUCCUUUCUUUUCGCUCCGCGUUCGCGCAGGUCGGUUACUCCAUACCGGAGGAAAUGGCAAAAGGCUCGAUGGUUGGAAAUAUUGCUCAGGAUUUGGGUUUGGAUGUAAAAAGAUUGAAAUCUGGGAAAGCGCGCAUUUAUAGUGUGGACAGCACGGAAUACAUAGAACUGAACAGAGAGAGGGGCUCGCUUCUCAUUAAAGAAAAAAUAGACCGAGAAUCUCUUUGUGCAAAAAAGACUCCGUGUGCUUUACAUCUACAGAUGAUUUUAGAUAACCCAAUGGAACGGUAUGCAAUAACUGUCGAAAUCACGGAUAUAAAUGAUAAUGGUCCUCUUUUUACGAUGGAGGAAAUCAGGAUUGAAGUAAGCGAGGCGGCUGUACCGGGAGCGAGAUUCAUGUUAGAGAGAGCAAUGGAUGCUGACGUCGGUGCCAACGGUCUUCAGAGCUACUCACUUAAACCUACAGAUCAUUUUGUGUUAGAUUCACAAAAUCAGGCAGACAGAGAUAAGAGCCUUGAAAUGAUUUUACAAAAACCUCUCGACAGAGAAACACAGGAUACGUUUACUUUGUUAUUAACAGCAAUGGAUGGUGGUGAAAUGGUUCUGUCUGCUACUUUGCAGAUACACAUUAUUGUUCUAGAUGUUAAUGAUAACGCUCCUGUCUUUACACAAAAAUUGUACCGAGCAUCAAUUACAGAAAAUGCACCUAAAGGGACUAAAUUAAUAACAGUGAGCGCCUCUGAUGCAGAUGAAGGAACUAAUGGAAGGGUAACAUACUUCACUUCAAAAACUGUGGAUCGAUUAUCAGAUUUGUUUGUUGUAGAUCAGUCUAGUGGUGACAUAUUUUUAAACGGACAGGUUGACUUUGAAAAAUUGAACAAUUAUCAACUCGAAAUUCAAGGUAAAGAUCAGGGAGGACUAUCUGACUCGUGUAAGGUAGUUAUUGAUGUGUUGGACAUUAACGAUAAUACCCCAUCUAUUAACAUUCUUUCUAUGUCUAACACUAUUUCGGAAGAGUCAAAAGCAGGCACUGUUGUUGCAAUGAUCAAUGUAAAUGAUCCAGAUUCAGGAGAAAAUGGAAAAGUACAGUGUGGUAUUUCUGAAAAUAUUCCCUUUACUAUUACAUCUUCAUCUAAUAAUUUCUUUACUCUUCUCACAGAUGAGGAGUUAGAUAGAGAGAGUGAAUUUGAAUAUUACAUCACUGUGACUUGCUCUGAUGAGGGACUUCCCUCACUCUCCAGCAGCACUUCUCUCCAUUUACACAUAUCAGAUGUAAAUGAUAAUGCGCCAGUUUUUGAGAAAAGUAAUUACGAGGCCUAUGUGGUGGAGAACAACACACCAGGGUUCUCUUUAUUCACAGUGAAGGCCAGUGAUGCAGACUCCAACCAGAAUGCUAGGAUUUCUUAUAUUUUAGAACAGAGCUCUGUCAAUGGAGUUCCUGUAUCAUCAUAUGUGUCAGUCAGUGCUGAUAGUGGAAUUAUUAAUGCAUUGCGGUCUUUCGACUAUGAGCAGUUAAAGAAUUUCCAUUUCCAUGUCAGAGCACAGGACGGAGGCUCCCCUCCACUCAGAAGUAAUGUGACAGUAAAAAUUACAAUCCAAGAUCAGAAUGACAACGCUCCUCAGGUUCUCUACCCAGUACAGACUGGUGGCUCGGUGGUGGCUGAGAUUGUGCCUCGUUCAGCAGAUGUUGGAUAUCUUGUCACUAAAGUGGUUGCUGUUGAUGUGGACUCUGGACAGAAUGCCUGGCUCUCCUACAAACUCCAGAAAGCCACAGACAGAGCGCUGUUUGAAGUGGGAGCGCAGAAUGGAGAGAUACGAACUGUGCGUCAGGUCACUGACAAAGAUGCUGUGAAACAAAAACUCACUGUAUUUGUGGAGGAUAAUGGACAACCAUCUCGCUCAGCUGUAGUUAACAUCAAUGUAGCUGUAGCGGACACUUUCCCUGAAGUGCUCUCAGAGUUCACGGAAUUUACUCACACCAAACAAUAUAAUGAAGACCUCACCUUUUAUUUAGUUUUAGCAUUAGCUGCUGUUUCUUUCUUUUCAUCACAACUUUACUAGUUAUAAUAUCAGUAAAGAUCCACAGAUGGAGACAAUCACGCAUCUUUUAUCAGUCCAAUCUCCCAGUUAUUCCAUAUUAUCCACCUGGUUACACAGACACAGGAGUCACUGGAACUCUGCCACAUGUAUAAUUAUGAUGUUUGUAUGACGACUGACUCGAGGAAGAGUGACUGCAAAUAUUCUACACUCGGAAGACAAAGUGUUUUAAAUUUGGAGCCGAGUUUCACAGAAACUAUGCAUCGCAUAAUGAA